GCUAGUACAGUCUCAACUGUAAAUAUAACGUGUCGCUUGAAAGGGUAUAGGGUUCAUGAAGGAAGAACGCUUCAGAAAAAAUUUCACAAACAUUGUGAAGAUAUCCUCUGCAAAACAGGUAAAAUUCCUUCCCUUCUGCUGAAAAUUCCAUCAGAUGUUUAAGCUUGUAAGUAGAAUUUCAGCUAUAGGAGCUUCACCAGCCCACAAUCUCUAUUUCUUUCAAAUCCAUCCCUUCUCUUCAUCUCUCAAAUCCAAGCAUAAAUCUUCAAAUCAAGAUUCAUUCACAGUCAGUUACCUCAUAAACUCAUUGGGGUUCACUCCCGAGAAAGCUCUCUCUGCAUCAAAGCAUGUCAAAUUUGAAACUCCUGAUAGGCCUGACUCGGUCGUGGCAUUCUUUAAGAAUCAUGGAUUCACACAAACCCAGAUUUCAACAAUCAUUAAAAGGUUCCCUUCUGUACUUGUAUGCAAUACCCAGGAAACCCUUUUGCCCAAACUCCAAUUUCUGAAUUCUAAAGGCGUUUCAAGCACAGAUGUUGCCGUGAUGGUAUCUACGAGUACGCGUGUUUUGAAAUGCAGCUUGAAAAACGUAAUCAUCCCAGCUUUCGAUUUCUUUAGCAAUUUGCUUCAGUCCGAAGAGAAAGCUGUAGCUGCUUUUAAACGGUAUUCUGGGAUAUUUUGGGUUGAUCAUCAAGCACAAGUGACACCCCAUAUUCAAGUUCUUCGGGAAGCCAAUGUGCCGGAGGCCAAUAUUAUGUAUCUGUUGAUGAAACAACCUAGAACAUUCAUGGUGAAGAUUGGUAGGUUUAGAGAGGUUGUGGAGGAGGUAGAGAAAACAGGUUUUAAUCCUCUGAGAAUGAAUUUUGUGUUAGCGGUUCAUACGGUAAGGUCACUGGCUAAAUCAACAUGGGAUGAGAAGGUUGAGGCUUAUAAGAAAUGGGGUUUGAACGAUGAUGAGUUUCUUGCAGCUUUUAGGAAGCAACCAGGGUGUAUGAGGGUAUCGGAGAAUAAGAUUGACAAGGUGAUGGAUUUUCUUGUCAAUAAAACGGGUUGGGGAUCUUCGUUCUUUGUAAGAAGGCCAGAAGUUGUAUCCUUGAGCUUGGAGAAGAGGGUUGUUCCGAGGAAUGCAGUUUAUCAAGCGCUGUGGUCGAACGGCUUAAUAAGGAGCAAGGAUAUUAGAUUGGAGUCAUUGCUACUACUUUCUGAAAAGCAGUUCCUAAAGAAGGUUUUGAGCUAUCAGGAGGAAGCAGCUCCCAAGCUUUUGAAGUUGUACAAGGAAAAGUUGGAUCUUGCGAAGUAGUUAGAUUAUGGUAUCUUCUGCGUAUAAUGCUGGAGGUGAGGACGAGAGUGUGUAAAUGAUCAGCUGGUGAAGUGAUAAACAAUGGAACUCUCCGCUUCCGGAGCCAUUCUUUAUAAACAAAACUCUUGGAAAAUUAUACUGGGAAUUACGUCCACACUCCACCUUUAGUUCUCACAGUUUUUAGUCUUUUAGUAUUGCACAAGUGGAGUAUGAAGAGCUGAAGUAGAGUGCAGCUAUGAGUGUAGACUUAUGGAGGACAAAUUUGUAGUGAAUCACAUGGAGAUGAGCAAUGAGUGUAGACUUAUUGAGGAUUUUCUCAGUUAUGUAGUUUAGUGAUUACUCUCUCUGAUACUGUGGCUAUCCUUCCAUUUGGAGUGUUGAUUAUUGGGGUGUGGCUCCCAUCCACUUGCAUCCAAACUUAUGUCAGUAGUGGAGACAAGCAACCACUUCCUCACCUUGAUGAUUGUUUCAGCCACCAGGAGUAAAGGUUCCAGCUCCCUCUUUGUCUGCCAUUUUGGGCUAUAUACUGAGGCUUUGCUCAACAGCUUUGUAUCGGAGGGAAAUCAGUGAGGUUAUGUUGUAGUAGCGAUGUUGGAGAUAUCUGGUUUACCUCUGUGGAGUAUCCGAGUUUGUGGAACCACGCUAGUACUUCGUGUAUCUGUGUUUGGUGUGUGUGUGUGUUUGUUGGCUUCGAUCCCUUGGGGCACAACAUGGAGUGCCGUUAUACUUUGGGCCAUCCUGCAAAGAUUCUUCUUUCAUUUUUAAAGACUAAUUAACCUAGCAUUAUUA